ACUGCUGCAGAGCUAGCGGAAACGGCAACGAUGGUGGUGUCUGAAUAUGUAAGAAACCUUGGGAGCGACCAUGAACAGGUGGUUCCCGUAACGAUGUUCGUGGCUGUUCUUUGUUUGUGCUUAGUCAUCGGUCACUUGCUCGAAGAAAACCGCUGCGUUAACGAGUCUAUAAUUGCCAUUUUGAUCGGAUGCAUAGCCGGAACUAUAAUCUUACUUCUUAGCAAGGGGAAGAGCUCUCACAUCCUUACAUUCAACGAAGAAUUGUUCUUCAUAUAUCUCCUUCCACCAAUCAUUUUCAAUGCUGGAUUCCAGGUGAAGAAAAAACAGUUCUUCCAAAAUUUCCUAACCAUCAUGUCGUUUGGGGUGAUUGGCGUUUUUAUUUCAGCAAUAAUUAUUACAGCUGGCAGCUGGUGGCUGUUUCCUAAGCUGGGCUUUGUUGGUCUGACCGCACGAGACUAUGUUGCUGUAGGUACUAUAUUUUCAUCAACUGAUACAGUGUGUACACUGCAGGUUCUCCAUCAAGAUGAAACCCCUUUGCUGUACAGCCUAGUUUUUGGGGAAGGAGUUGUGAAUGAUGCAACGACAGUUGUUCUCUUCAAUGCAGUUCAGAAGCUUGAUAUUUCAAGAAUUGAUAGUAGGACGGCACUUCACGUUAUUGGAGAUUUCUUUUACCUUUUCUUGGCAAGUACUGCUCUUGGAAUCACGGCUGGACUUGUGACAUCAUAUGUUCUUAAGACCUUAACUUUUGGAAGACAUUCCAGUGUUCGUGAAAUUGCUUUGAUGAUUUUAAUGGCAUAUCUCUCCUACAUUUUGGCAGAGCUGCUGCAACUUAGUGGAAUUCUCACUGUUUUCUUCUGUGGAAUUCUGAUGUCACACUAUGCAUGGCAUAAUCUUUCUGAGAAUUCAAGAAUCACGACCAGGCAUCUAUUUGCAACAAUGUCAUUUAUUGCAGAAACAUUCAUAUUUCUCUUUGUGGGAAUGGAUGCUCUUGACAUUGAAAUGUGGAGGAUGACCAAAUUAAGCUUUGGGACUUCAAUGAGCAUCUAUAGUACCUUAAUCUUACUAAUAUUGCUUGGCCGUGCUGCAUUUGUUUUUCCUCUCUCUGUUCUUUCCAAUCACAUGAAUAGAAGAGCCAAGAGAACAUCAGUAAUCACAUUUAAACACCAGAUAAUCAUUUGGUGGGCCGGGCUAAUGAGAGGGGCAGUCUCUAUUGCAUUGGCUUUCAAACAGUUCACAUAUUCUGGUGUUACAUCGGAUCCGAUCAAUGCUACAAUGAUUAUCGACACCAUUGUCAUAGUCCUCUUCAGUACACUAGUGUUCGGUUUUCUAACCAAACCACUUAUAAGCUAUCUGAUUCCCCACCAUGAAACUAUCAAAAUUGGGCAACGAGAAUCAUCCUCACCGAGAGAGGACUUGAACACACCUUUGAUCUCCUUGGAAGAACCUACCACAAGCAACAUAACCCGUGCAAAGGAUAGUUUAUCCAUGCUGAUAGAAAGGCCUGUGUGCACCAUACAUUUCUAUUGGAGGAAAUUUGAUGAUGCCUACAUGAGACCCAUAUUUGGAGGGCCUGUUACAAGCCAGUCGGAGUGUUAAGCGAACUACAGCAAAUCAGCUAGAUCAAAGUAAGGUACUAGAAUUGCGUAACAGUUAUUCAUUAUAGUCCAGUGUUUCGAAUGGACAUGCUUGCUUGAUGCGCGGCCAACAUAUUCAUGGGAUUCUGUGGGAUACAUACUUUCUUGACAUUAACAUCUCUUUGCAUAGUUAUAACCAAACUAUGCGGCUUUAAAGGUCAAGACUUACAAGCGUGAGUAUACUUCCGGAGCAAAAGGAGUUGAAAGAGUUCAAACUUUCUGCGAGGCUGGGAGAUUUACUGAGACACUUCCUGUGUAUAAAGCUUUUAUCUUUUUUGGUUUUUGGUUUUCAAGCUUUUUUCUUGUAUUAGGAUAAUGAGAGAGAUUAAACUACAAUCUUUGUAAUAAUGUAGAUAAUUCAAUAGAAUAAGGAUCUGUGGAAGAAAGAAAACAGAGAAAAAGGUACAAAUUUAGCACUGGUUUUUGUUGGGG